GCCGAGUCAGAGGAGCCGAAUAGAGCAGAAUUACUGCGUUAUACCAUAGAUCCAACAUUCAUCCACAUCUUCAGUGCAUUUAAUCACUGAAAAAAACUAAAACAAGCCGAUUAAAGAGUGUGUGGAUCAUUCAGUGGUUAAUAUUAUCAGAGUGUCAUACAUCCACCCAGCUGAGAGACGACCGGACAGUCAUCAUGGAUGAGGAAUAUGAUGUGAUCGUUCUGGGCACCGGACUGACGGAGUGCAUUCUGUCUGGGAUCAUGUCUGUCAAUGGAAAGAAGGUUCUGCACAUGGACAGGAAUCCGUACUACGGAGGAGCGAGUUCCUCCAUCACCCCACUGGAGGAGCUUUACAAACAUUUCGGUCUGUCAGACAAUCCACCAGAGUCGAUGGGCAGAGGAAGGGACUGGAACGUCGAUCUCAUUCCCAAAUUCCUUAUGGCCAACGGUCAGCUGGUGAAGAUGCUGCUGUACACAGAAGUGACCCGUUACCUGGACUUCAAAGUGAUCGAGGGCAGUUUCGUCUACAAGGGAGGGAAGAUCUACAAAGUGCCGUCCACUGAGUCGGAGGCUCUCGCUUCCAAUCUGAUGGGGAUGUUCGAGAAGAGACGCUUCCGCAAGUUCCUCAUCUUCGUGGCCAACUUCGACGAGAACGACUCCAAGACCCACGAGGGCGUGGAUCCCAAAACCACCACCAUGAGGGACGUGUACAAGAAGUUCGACCUGGGCCAGGACGUGAUCGAUUUCACGGGCCACGCUCUCGCCCUCUACAGGACGGACGAUUAUCUGGACCAGCCCUGUCUGGAGAGCAUCAAUCGAAUUAAGCUGUACAGCGAAUCUCUGGCUCGCUACGGGAAGAGUCCUUAUCUCUACCCGCUCUAUGGACUUGGAGAACUCCCGCAGGGAUUCGCCAGACUGAGCGCGAUCUACGGAGGGACCUACAUGCUGAACAAGCCAGUGGAGGAGAUUGUGAUAGAGAAUGGACGUGUGGUGGGGGUGAAGUCUGAGGGAGAGGUCGCUCGCUGCAAGCAGCUCAUCUGUGACCCCAGCUACAUUCAGGACCGCGUGCGCAAGGCAGGCCAGGUCAUUCGGGUCAUCUGCAUUCUGAGCCACCCCAUCAAGAACACCAACGACGCCAACUCCUGUCAGAUCAUCAUUCCUCAGAAUCAAGUCAACCGCAACUCUGAUAUAUACGUGUGUAUGAUCUCAUACGCCCAUAACGUGGCGGCUCAGGGCAAGUACAUUGCCAUAGUCAGCACCACAGUGGAGACCAGCAACCCCGAGGCUGAGAUCCAACCUGCUCUGGAGCUGAUCGAACCCAUCGACCAGAAGUUUGUGGCCAUCAGUGACCUUUAUGAGGCUUCAGACGAUGGAUCGGAGAGUCAGAUCUUCUGCUCCAGAGCGUACGACGCCACCACGCACUUCGAGACGACCUGCAACGACAUCAAGGACAUCUACAAGCGCAUGACGGGCACUGACUUUGACUUUGAGAACAUGAAGCGCAAACAGAACGACGUCUUCGGGGAGGACGAGCAGUGAGGCCGCAGCACCGCAGUGAGGGGUGGACGGUCAGAGGGUGGUGGAAAAAUUGGCGUCUGUAAACUAAUACGAAGGAAUGGGUAAUGAGGAGAAAGCUGAGGUGGAGCCACUGUCCUUUAAACCACAGUUCUACACCCUCACACACACACACACACACACACACACACACACACACGCACACAUAACCUUCACUCUUCUACAUCUUCUGUCUUCAUGCUGUGUGUUCACACCAGUCCAUUUCAUUUCCUGUUUAGUUUCUUUGUAGUUUGGGUGUUCCUGAGUGCACUACAGUUCUAAACGUUAGAUGUAAUGGUGAACCAUCUUUCUACAAAGGUUUAAAACUCGACCUGUUUACAAGUUGCUCUGAUUUUGCCUUAUGCAGGACACAUACUAAUGAAAACACUGUUCAGAAAUGAUCAGUUCAGCACAAUUAUUAAUUUAGGAUGAAAGACGCCUGUGUAAAAGACGCCUGUGUAAAUGAUCUUAGCUUGUUAAAACAAAUCCACUAACAUCAGCUCUAACCAUGUUAGUAACCAGUCGGAUGGUAGAUGAGGUUUGCUGGCAAAACAUUUACAUGUAUAUUCGUUCAAUCAGAACGGUGUAAUUUUACAUGUUCUCCUUGCCUUGGUAAACAGUUGUGUGUGCUGUAUUGUUAAAAUAGAAGGGAUCGUUUUUGUCGAGUCGCAUCCAAUAACCCGACUGCAAUUCGCCUCAAUUGCUGCUGUGCAGUUCCACCGAUCAGCCAGCAGAGGUCGUAAUUGCAGCAGUUAUGAGGAAUCCCUGUUUCUCAGUAGUUGUCCCGCCCCUUACAGGCACACAGCCGAUUGCGUGUCGGUGUAAGCGCCUGGCCGACUGAUAGCACAGAUGCGCCACCUACGUGCCUGAACACUGUGGAUUUUCAUUCAUUUGUUUCUUGUCUGUUUUGUCCUGGGUCCAAGUCACUGUGCGAAAAGCAGGAAAUGCCCUUCUUGCACUACCCACUGCGCCAACGUUCCGCCCUGUGGAUUGUCAAGACAUAAAAGCUUGAUAUAAAUAUGAAGUAAGAUGUAGAACGUUCCUAUAUCGACACAUUUUGUUUACAAUAAUUAACACUAAUCAGCUUUUAAUGAACAUUAGGUCAAAUUUUAAUGCAGUUUUACACACUUAUAAUAACAUAUUCUACACAAGGUUGCCAGGUGCUCGGAUUUUGACCAGUCUUGUUCUCAGCUCCCUAUAGGUGCCUAAUUUCAAAACAAUGCAUUUUAAAUCUGUAUGUAAGAAAUGUAAAUAUUUUCCAUCAUGUGGGUAUCGCCACAGGUAAAAUCUGGCAACCUUAAUUCGUAAAACGUACUCAGCAGAAAAGUGCUUCAUGAACGCACUGCGUCCUCCUCAAUCGGUAGGGAGGUUCACUCUCUCAUCCUUCAUGCUGAGAUCAUCCUGAGAUAUAUUUACUAUACGUUGGUUGUUUUUAAAUCCCAUUCCCAGGUUCUUUAAGGGAAUUGAACUACAGAUGGUACCUGUGCAAUAGUAAACGCUGCUGUGCUGGCUAUAGGGAUCUGAUUUUCUGGCAAAAAAACUUACAACUGUACCCCAGUAAGUCUCGUUUGAUCGUUUUUUUUCCUGCCAGUUCCAUUAAUACAACCUUGUGUUCAUCUGAAAUGAGGAAUAAUUAAAGAGACCCUGUUAAUUACAGCACCAAGCUCCAAACCAACCGUAGAUGGUAAAUAUAUCUCGUUCUCUGACUUAACAUCCAACAAGCUCUUGGACAGGUGUCCAAAUACUUUUGGCCUUACAGUGUAUCUCAUGUGGUUAUGUGAAGGUACUUCCUGUGAUGAAGCAUCACUUCAAACACACACACCCACAUACACACACCCGUUCUGAAGGAAUCUAACUCUCUGUUGCCUGUAGAUGAAUUUUUGUGGGAGGUCUGUGUGCCUUGAGAAUAACUCAAAUGACUGGAAACUAAAUUUCCUCUUUUUUUUCUUAAUGUCUGUCAUGCAAGCUGCUUUUGAAGUUAGUUUUUUAUCUUACAUUAAUUACUCAAUGAUAAAAUGAAUGUCUAUUUAUUUAAUUUAAAAAAACACAUUGCUUUGGAUCUCACUGUGUGCCGUUCUUUGGUUUAGAAGAAUUAACUGACCUAACAGUGCGCACCACGGGCCGGGUCACGUUGAAAAACUUUGUGAACAAAACCUAAUGUCCUGUGAAACAGAUUCAACGAAACUUUGUAAAAAUCUGGAACAAUAAAGGCACAAGAAUGAAUGUGAAA